AUGUCCACAGCAUUUAAAGCUAGCGAUCCUCAAUCACCACUUCUUGAUGAUGAACGAUAUAAAGUAAUGCACAGACAUCUGGAGAUGCUGGUGCGUGAUAAUGAAAGAAUACCGGAAUCCGUUGCAUGGCCAUAUCCUGGUCCUUAUACUCAAAAGACCCGAGAAAAGGCAGUAAACGACUACUUGAAUGAAUGGAGAAGGGAGAUCGGAAAUGAUACGGAACAAGUUAGAAUAGACAGGGAACUCGCUAUUCUUCAAGUGUAUGAGGAACGUUUCGACCAUUUUAAAUACAGAAGAAAUCGUCCGCGGGAUAUGAAUGAUUUUCAAAUUCAGCUUGCAGUUUUAGACGGAAUCUUCACAGCUUGGGACAAUCAUCAUCGACCGACUCGAACACUUCCUAGAAAUCUGAUGCAUGCCGGUAGAAAUACGAUACGCAAGGAGCUCUUCAGUGCAGUCCAUAAAAAAGUGGAUGAGAUGGCAAAAUCUCGGAAGAAUGCCGAACGAGAUGCACGGGCCAAUAAUAGGAACGAACGAGGCCAAAACUGA